AUGUCGCAACCAGACCAGGGGGCCCCUACAGAGGGGGCCCCCACCGCGGGGGCCCAUACAGAGGGGGCCCCCGCCGAGGGGGCCCCUACAGAGGGUACAGAGGGGCCCCCCAGCUCUGAAGCGGGUGCUUUGAGUGAGUCUUUGGGGGAGGCUGACGAUCGUGGAUCCUCCCCCAGAAGAGAGGAGGAGGCACCAGCAGAUGCUGCUGCUGCUGCUGCUGCGCAGCAGCAGCAGCAGCAGCAGCAACAACACGAGCUGCAACAGGACCAAGAAGAACGACAGCAACAACAGCAGCAGCAGCAAGAGCAGCCGCAGCAGCAGCAGCAGCAGCAGCAGCAGCAGACACAAGCAGAGAGUCCCGCACGGCGAGGCAGCAGUAUGCUGAGGCAUUCGUCCUCCAGCUUGGGUGGUAGCAGCGGCAGCCUGGCGCAGCAGAUGAAGGCUCUAGCAGCCAUAGCAGAGGCGUCUGCGCCUCAUGCGUCGAGAUGGCUCCUUUUCUUCACAAGCAGCAGCACCAGCAGCAGCAGCAGCAGCAGCAGCAGCAGCAGCAGCAGCAGCAGCAGCAGCAGCAGCAGCAGCAGCAGCAGCAGUAGCAGCAGCAGCAGCAGCAGCAGCAGCAACGUAGCUAGUGAGCCUCCCGUUGCAGUUGCCGUUGCAGGCUCCGGCCGUCUGCGCCUCAUGCGUCGAGAUGGCUCCUUUUCUUCACAAGCAGCAGCACCAGCAGCAGCAGCAGCACCAGCAGCAGCAGCAGCAGCAGCAGCAGGUAUGGAUAAAACAGACGGAGAGACUCAGCAGCAGCAGCAGGAGCAGCAGGAUCGUGCGUUGAGUGCAGCAAAGGGCGGUUCUAGCGGCGAUCUGAGCCUAUCUGCUGCUGCUGCUGCUGCUGCUGCUGCUGCUCGCAGCAGCAGCAGCAGCAGCAGCAGCAGCAGGAACAGCAGCGCGGGCGUGUCUCCUCGGCUGCGGGGAUCGUUGCUGCUGCGGUCUCUGUCUUCGUCUGUCUCUGUCGCUGACUUAGCUGUUGCUGAGGGCCAAGAAACCCUCGCAGAGGUAUUCUGGAAACCAGAAGAGGCAGAACUGCUAGAAAACAAGCUGGGGGGCCAGCAGAGUACGCCUAUAAGACAGCGACAGCGAGGGGAACGAGCAACGGAUCUCCAGGCACUGAAAGAAGCCCUGGCUGCGAUGAACCGAAAGUAUAUGGCCGACAUUGGGGAGCUGCAGCAAGAAGUCAGCAGGAGGCGUCAGCAACGCCAGCAGCAGCAGCAGCAGCAGCAGCAGCAGCAGCAGCAACAGCAGCAGCAGCAGCAGCGGGGAGAAGAACCGGAAGUCUAUGAACUGGAAGGCACCCCUCCAGCUCCAACCCCCGCACCAAGUGCAAACGACACAACAGCAAGCGAUGCUGGCUCUGCGGCGGUGCAGACGGAGGUGUCGUGCGCCAGCCUGGACCUUGACUUGGCCUUCGAACGAUUCGCCGGAGCUGAGGUCCCACCAGCAGAAGAGGCAGCAGAGGAUGACCUGCGGCAGCUGUACACCGCCCCACGAGCAGCAAAGACAAAGAUAUGGGCCCUUAAGGAAAAGAAAGAAACCCCAAGAAGCAGACUAAACAGACUGAGAACAGAAAUACCAAACACCAUACAACUCAUCGUAUGCUUCGUGUUUAUGCUGCUGCUGCUGCUGCUGCUGCUGCUGAUGCUGCUGCUGCUGAUGAUGAUGAUGAUGCUGCUGCUGCUGCUGAUGAUGAUGGUGCUGCUGCUGCUGCUGCUGAUGAUGAUGAUGCUGCUGCUGCUGCUGCUGAUGAUGAUGGUAAUGAUGAUGCUGUAUAUGGAGAGUCUGUGCGCGUAUGCAGAUGAGGCGCGUCAGCAGCAGCAGCAGCAGCAGCAGCAGCAGCAGCAAGAGGACCGCUCCUCUGGAGCUGCAUACAUCCUCUCAUUAAACCAGGCACUGACGACAGCUGCCGCUGCAGCAGCGAUUGUGGGGGGACUGCAGCAGCAGCGCGGUGUGCUGCAGCAGCAAACAGCAGCAGCAGCAGCAGCAGUAGUAUCAGCAGCAGCGGGGGUUCAUGGUGGUGAGGCGGACACUGCCCUGCGUGAGGGAGUAGCAGCAGAUGCUGCGCUGCAGCGGGUUCUCUUCAAGCAGCAGCAGCAGCAGCAGCAGCAGCAGCAGCAGCAAGACAAUGACGACGCGCUCAGCGACACAGGGGGCCUCUUAGCGCCGCUCUACUGCCCCAAGACUUGCGUAGAGAUGGAUGCGUUGGUGCGAGAAGCUCAGGAGCAGCUGCAGGUCCCGCUGCAGCAGCUGCAGCAGCAGCGGCAGCAAGCCGGCAGCAGCAACGUCAGCGCGCUCGAGUUGCUGGACGCUUCAUACUUAACCAUGGCUUCGCGAGCUGCUGCUGCUAGGCGGCUGCAGCAGCUCGAAGGCAGACUGCAGCGGCUUGAGCAACUCUGUGUGCCUGCAGCAGCAGCAGCAGCAGCAGCAGCAGGAAAGGCAGCAGCAACCGCAGCAGAUCCUGAAUUGCAGCAGCUAGUAUCUCAGUGGGAGGCAGACCCUGACGCCCCAACACUCGUCGAGCUGGCAUCGAGACUCGACCGUCUGCUGUCGCUUGCUGCGGACCCAUCGCCUUUGUGUGAGUUGUCUGCGCGUUUAUCUGUGGUGCGUUGCUGCAUGGACGAGCAGGAGCAGCAGCAGGAGCAGCAGCAGCAGCAGCAGCGGCAGCAGCAUAGAUGGGAGCAAGAGAGAGGUAUACUAGAAGAUGAACUGCUAGAAUUCACACCCGAAAAAAUUCUGCUGUCUCUACACCAAAACAUUUCUCCCUGCAGCCACCUCGCUGUCUCUGUCGCCCCCAUUCAUCUCUCCCUCACUCAAGCAAAACACACAUACGCAGAUGUGGUUUCUGUUUUAGAGGAUAUCUCUGCGGUGACGUCGCAGCAGCAGACGCUGCAGGAGAAGCUGCAGGCUGCUGCUGCAGCAACUGGGCUGCAGCUGCAGCCCGCAGCUUUCUUUCUUUUUAUCAUUUAG